AUGAUGAUGAAAUAUGAGAUGGACAGAUUUGGGCCUUCUACAUCACUUUCUUGGCAUGGGGGUGGUUCAACGAAUUCAAGCAUAUUCAUUCAUCAAAAGAAAUACGCAGCAACUGAAAAGCUAGUUAAGGAUGACGGAAGUGGAGCAGCAAGUGAAGAGCAAUAUAGAAGCAUCGUAGGUAGCCUCUUUCUGCUUGCUCGUUUCAUGCUUGCCCCACAAAUAAGCACUAUGGAACUGCUAAACGAGUCUAAGGUAUGUGAAGGGACUCUAGAUUAUGGUCUAGAGUAUGUAAAAGGAAGGAAUGCAAUGCUGAUGGCUUCUGUGACAGUGAUUGGGGAGGAUCAAUUGAUGACAGCAAAAGCACUUCUGAAUUGUGUGGCGCUGUCCACAGCAGAGGCAGAAUAUAUAAGUGCAUCCGAGGCUACUGCUCAGGCCAUUUGGCUUAGAUUCGUGUUGGAAGAUUUUGGAGAACUUCAGACAGAAGCAACCCCAUUGCAGUGUGACAAUACAUCUGCGAUUGCCAUUACAAAAAACCCUGUGUUCCAUCAGAAGACAAAGCAUAUUGAUCGAAGAUAUCACUUCAUCAAAGAUGCACUUCAAGAAGGCAUCAUUGACUUGGUGUACUGUCCUACUAAGGAACAACUAGCUGACAUUUUCACCAAACCUUUGGCUAAGGAUCCAUUCAUUAUCUCAGGAGCAUGCUUGGAGUUAAAUCAGCUCAAGACUUAA